AGAUGCUGCGUCAUCAUUUGAGCGAUCUAAAUUCAUACGAUAACCAAAUAUAGCCCAUGUUGCCCUGUGGGGUUGUUUAAAAGUUCCUUUUUACCUGUUUGUUUAGGUUUACUGCACCGUUAAUUAUAAUAUACAUCUGUUUUAUAGAUACAAGCAAACCACAGCCUUUUAUUAAGAAAUUCAAGGGUUGCCCAGUUAUUUAAUAACGGGAAAACCAUAGGACGAGAUAUUUAGGAUUAAUAUAGCAAGAAUUAUCUCUUAAAAGGAGAGCUGAUUUGUGCACUGUUUCUUGUGCUGCAUUCAUCGCUCGACUGCGGCGGAGCUGCGGCUUCAUCAGCAUCUCCAUCGACUCGCGUCCUUAAGCAGGACCAGCGUGCCUUUACUUGCAGACGAGGAAACAGACCGAAUUUGUCUUGAAGUUGUUCAACAGCAGACAUUUAAUUUGGACCCUGCUAAAAAGAGGCAAUGAAGUCUCGUCCUUCACUGGCAACUUGUUUUGUGUUAUCAGCUUAUCUGUCAUGUAUGGUGGGUGUAGGGAGUGCAACAAACCCAUACCUAAAACCCGGCUUCUUGGAUUUUAACUCCUGGUUUUGGAACACCCCUCGAGGGCCACAGAUGUUCUCCUGCCUUACAUACAUUGAGAAAAACCUCCAGGUUGACUGUGAAUUCCCUGAGACCCACAAGAUCCCAGGCCCAUUCUGCGAGUUCAGACAGGAUGGGCGACUCAUGGGAUCCACCUACCCAAAUACUCCAGUUCAACUGAUCCCUCAUAUUGAGGUCAGACGCCGUGCUAAUGUCUCCCUGGUGUCGCCGAACAUUUGUCGCCUCACCUGGAUGCCAAUGUCCGAUGACCGCGCAUAUACCUACACGUGCAGGGUUUACCAGGGCAGCACUUGGAAGGAGAACAGCAUGGCAUUCCACCAAAGAAAUAUUCUGGUGUGCUCUGCACUGAGCGUAUUCUUCCACACUGGACCAUGGAUGUUUGCAGUUAUGAUAUCACUUCCCAUUUCUCUCGGGCUUCUGUCUGCUUGACUUCACUUCAUCAAGCUGGCUAAAAGUCAAAGCCAUUGUCAAAUUUAACCAACUUUUGCAUUUUAAUUUACUUUAGUGUUUGGUUUUUAUUUACACUCACUUUUUAAUUUGUUUUACAACCCCACCUAACAUUUAUAUGGGGGUCACCAUCGUUACUUCAUCAGUGUUCACUGUGAAAUGGAAUGCAUCUGGCCCAAGCAAGUAUACAUUUUCAAAACACUGCUCAAAUCUAAGAUGUCUUACAUUACCAUUCAAAACUUUGGGGUCUGUAUGUUUAUUUAUUUAUUUAACAGAAAGAAAUGUAUAAUUUACACUGCAAAUUCAGUAAAGAUGCAUUAA